UUUAAGUCAGUUGGGAUGUUGCCUUUAGUGUGGUGGAGGUGGUGUUCCUACAGCAUGCGGUUGCUACUUUUGUUUGUUUGUCUCAUGGUGUCUCCAACACUUGGUGCUCAUGAUCCUGGGGGUCUAGACUUCCCAGGGACUGUGUCUUGCCACCCUGACAAGAUGCUUACUGAAUUUCCUAGAGAGUUUAGGAACAACUCCUGGCAAGUUCAUGUAGUUGAUUCAAGUGGCAAAGAAAUUGUAGACUGUGCCUAUGUGAUGGAUAAUGAGACACUAGUGUUGACUACCCCAUAUGUGAACUGCACUCAACUGGAGCAUGAGCAGCAUAAACUGAAGCUGAUGAUCAACUGGACUGAUGCUGAGGAGGACAAUGUGACCUAUAGCAUUGGCUGUGAUGUUAUUCAAGCUGACGAUAUCGUCCCUCCUUUCUUUACUGGAGCUACAAACUGUACUAAAGACUUUAUGGCAGUUGCAUUUCCAAGGCUCAUUCCCAGCUUUCAUGAUGAAUACAUGACUGCAGAAUCUCCAGUGGCCUGGACUCUAUCCAUAGAUGAGGGAACAAGGACACACAGGCUAAGCCUGGGGCAAGCCAUGCAGCAAGGGUAUACCUUCAUCACAGAUGGUCAUGACCUAAUCUUCCAGGUGUCAUUUGGUGCAACAGGUGUUCUCUCCUACAAGCAAGAUGACCAGGUAGUCUACACUGUGGCUGUCAAGCUUGCAUAUGGCCCUCCGCAACGGCGACUGACUGUGGAAUCAAGAAUGAUCUGUGCCCCAGGUCCUGUCACUUGUAACUCAACACACAUGACAAUUACCAUCCCAGCUUUCCCAGGGACACUCACUGCUGUUGGUGUAGAGGACCAAAAUGUUCCAAGGGACCGACUUCAAGCAAAUAGAAUUGCUCUAGACACCAAAAAGGGAAUAAAGCUACACAUCAACAAAAGAAUCCUGAAAUCUAAACCAUAUGGUGAGAACUGCUUGGGACUUCAGUUCUACAUGUCUUCUAUGAAACUAACUUUCAACUUCCAUGGAGAGAUGGUAUCAAUGGUGACGUAUCCAGCAUGUCCCUGCGACCAGCCUGCCCCAGUAGCUGCUGUCUGUACCCAGGAUGGACACAUGAACUUUGAGGUUCUUGCAGACAGAACAAACCCCCCUCUGGACUUGGACACUCUCAGGCUAAGAGAUCCUACAUGCAAACCAGUCUUCAAGUCUCCAUCUAAUGAUAUGGUGCGGUUUCAUGUACCCUUGAACAAGUGUGGGACACGGCAGAUGUUUGAAGGUGGGAGAAUAAUUUAUGAGAAUGAAGUAAGUUCACUAUGGGCAGAUCUAGCCCUGCAUAUAAUUUCUAGAGACAGUGAAUUCAGGCUAACUGUAGCAUGUUCCUACAGUAAUGACGAUGCCUCUCUAAGUUUGAGGCUGAACAGUCUCCCCCCUCCAGUUUCCUCAAUAAAUCAAGGUCCCCUCUCCUUGCUGCUGUUGACCUACCCAGACAAUUCCUACAUGCAGCCUUAUAGUGAUGACCAGUACCCCAUAGUAAAGUAUCUGCGGCAACCUAUCUUCCUUGAACUACAAGUCCUAAACCGCAACGAUCCCAAUCUCCAUGUGGUACUGGAUGACUGCUGGGCAACAGCAUCAGAAGAUCCAAGCUCUCUGCCCCGAUGGAAUAUUGUUGUGGAUGGGUGUGACUAUGAAUUGGACAGCUACAGGACUGUAUUCCAUCCAGUGGGUCUCGCAGUCAGCUACCCUAACUAUCGCCAAAGAUUUGAAGUGAAGACUUUUACCUUUGUGUCUGGAGACACGGCUCUCAUCAGCCUAGUAUACUUCCACUGUAGUGCUCUGCUCUGUAAUAGGCUUGAACCAGACUUUCCUCUGUGUACAAAAAGAUGUCCUCUGUCUAGAAGCAAACGAGAUGCUGGCUUGCAAGGGGAGAACUCUGCUGUAGUGAGCUUACCUGGUCCUGUUCUUCUGGUGCCAAGAGAAUGGUCUGCAACCCAAGAGAGAACAAGGGUGAGCAAAGGAACCUGGACCACCAUUACAGUGAUGGCUGCAGUGAUCCUUUGUGCAAUGGCUAUGUUGCUGGUGAUUCUCUUUAAAUCUCUAAAGAAAAGAGCUGUAGUGGUAAAUGCUGUAUGUUAGUUUAUUUUUAUAACAAAAUAAAUUUAGUUUAAAGA